UUAAUCUUGCAUUUUCCUUGUCUAAAGUAACUGCGAAAAGCAAAGACAAAACCCGAACAGCUCUUCCCUCUCGUUGUUGAAUGCUUCCAUGGAGUUCAGACCUCGCAAUUACAGUGCCGAGCUUGAAUCUCAUGCCCUACCUCGCGUAACUGCCGCUGCUCAUCCUCUGUGUGCUUCACCUCCGUCUCCACCUGUCGCUCAGGUUGAUGUUGUAGAUCGUGGGAACAGUGAUUUCUUUGAUCCACUAAGAGGAACUGAUAAUGAUGCAAAUGCUGCUGUUCCUGAUCAUGACAACCUGAAUGAAUAUGCUGAUAUUCAGCCAACGAAGGAGUGGACCUCUUUCAGGAGAUUACUAAUGCAGAGGUUUCCUGUCUCCAAGAUGGUUUCAGUUUCUACAAUGCCCGAUGUUUUAAUGAGAAGUGGAAAAUUACAUGAGAAAUCUUCAACAGCAAUGCAUUUGGAGGAAUUGGACGAUCCACAAAAAUUUGCAGAUGAGGGUGUCAAGACUAUUACUUGGCAGGAGUAUGUUUCUCGGCUACAUGAGCUCAAAGAUGAGAUUACUCGUUCUUGGCAAGCUGAAGACCGGGUGACAUCCUUAAAGUUAUCAAUAAAGGUUGCUAAACUUCUGAUGGAUACGUCAGUACUUGAGUUUUAUCCUACGCUUUUUGUUCUUGUCACAGAUAUCAUGGAUAUGCUUGGAAACCUGGUUUGGCAGCGCAUAAAGCGUAAAGCUGAGUUUUCUGAAGAUGGAACAUUGCGCUGCAGCUUAGCAGAAAAUUUUCAAGCAAGGGAUAUUUGUGCUGAUGCCAAAGAAACUUGCUAUAACUGGUUUAGCAAAAUUGGUGCUGUGCAAGAGCUUCUUCCACGCAUUUAUUUGGAGCUGGCAAUUUUGCCUUGCUGGUGCUUUCUGUUUGACCAACCUUUAGACAGCCUCCGGCGAUUGGUAAUGAUGACCAGAGGAUUAGGAGAUCCAGUGGCAUCUGCAUAUUGCCGUCUUUAUAUGGCUCAUUGUGCUCAGAAGCUACCUUCACAUGAUAUAGGCUAUCUUGUUACAUGUGUGAAUGACAUCAGAGUUAUUUUAAUGCAAAUCUUGUCAGCCAAUGAAAGAUCUCAUAAAAAUGGUGAAGUCAACAAAAAAUUGCAAGUCAGUUUGAUGGAACCAACCAUUGAGUAUAUUAUGAAGUGUUUAUUUAAUGGGUUGACUCAGAGACAAGUCCAUGAAGUUCUGUCAGAGCUUGGAUUGAUGAAGAAUCAGCAGGAUUUGGGGAGUGUUUCAUGUGUUUCAAUCAUUCUUCAUCAUUUACUGAAGGAGCUCCCUAUUGAAGUAGUUAGUACAAACGUUGUGCAGAUCCUUCAUCUCAUUGAAUUUAGCAAGGAUAAUUCUUUUGGUCAGCACUUGAAUUACAGACUGCUUGGAUUCAGGCUGUAUGAAAGAAAAUCCCCUGCUCAUAUUGUGAAUACUGUGUUAGAUAAAGUUAUCCAGGUUAUUGGUAUGUAUGAUAGCCUUGACGAAUAUCUGAAGGUUGUAGAUGCUUAUACUGAUCUUAUUCUUCAGAAUCAGAUGAAUAACCAUUUGAAUGCCAUUUUGGAAGGCAUUUCAAGUCGAGCUUUGAAUAAAAGAGUUAAAGAGGAUGAAAUGUUAAGCUUGCAAUCUUUCAUUGUGAAACUUCUGUCUCAUUUUAAGCAUCUGGAAGAUGUUUUUUCUCUGGUUCAGUUUCCUGAAAUCUUAGAUGUAAUGUAUGGCAAGUCACAGGAUGUUGUCUUUCUGCACAUCCUUAAUAUGGUGACAAGGGAUGAUCACAUUAGUGAUCCAACAAGCAUACAGUUGCUUUUUGAAAUUGCUCAUACACUACAUGAUAAUGUAGAGUUUAUGAAUGUGAAAGAUGAUGAUGGCCAAGUGGCACGUUCAAUAUCUCGCUUUGUGCUCAUGGUAGAUUAUGGAGCAGAGAUGGAACAACAUUUAGCUUUUUUGGUUAAUUGUCGAGGAGCUUUUGGUAGAUUCAAUGAACUUAAGGAAACUCUUGUUCACUCUAGCAAUUCUUUAGCAAUUCAAGCUUUGAAAUGUGCCAAGAAACAUCUGAGUUUUUUCAAAGCAUGUGUUACAUUUAGUGAAGUCACAAUACCUUCUGUUUCUGCUCAAAGGCAAUUUGAUCUUUUUCUAGAAACUGCAGAGGUUGCAUUCUUAGGGGGAUUGGUUUCGCAUUCAGAUGGAUUAAUUGAUUCAGCAAUCACAUGUUUGCAUACCUUAGACAUAAUUGAUGGCUUCCGAACUCCAACUGAUGUUGAAGGACUAGUUUCAUCUAUUAGAAAGUUAUGUGGCUUCUUAAUCAUGGUUCCAGGUACAUUUAGUCUACCAGUCACCUAUUUCCCAAAUAACUUGUUUACAUUGAUCAGCUCCCGAUCUUGGUUUGAACCAAAAAUGAGGACGCAGAUUUUUUCAGCUAUCAUAUUAUUACUGACAACUUUAUCGCAAAAGAGAUUGCCAUAUCAUGCAAAUACACAGAUUCCAGGCAAUGACAUGUUAUACUAUGGGGAUUCAUCUUACAACCAAGAACUUGUUUCUUUGUCUAAGCUCGUUCUUGAGAACCUGCUUAGUGCUGUUCAACAGGAACCUUCCCAGGCUGCUCGAGGAAUUAUGGCACUUGAAGCUUGCAAUUGCAUUGCAUCAUCUUUUAUGCAGCUAAAUAGUGAAUUAUCACCUGUUUGUCUUACACUGAUAGAAACUGCCAAGUCAUGUUUGAGUGCCCAAGACAGAUACCUCCAGUCAACCGUUCAACUUUUAAACAAACAAUGCCCAACUUUUGUAGGGACUAUGGUGUCCACUUCUGUAUGAUUUGUGUUCAUCUAGGUUGAUAGGUUACUCGUGACAUCUAUUGUGACCUUGUUUUCUGUGUCCUUUUUCUUUAAAAGCGUUUUUUCUCUGUGCUCUUGCCGUUCUUUCUUUUGAACGAGAUCACUUAUUUGUUUCAAAUUUGUUGUUUUGCCUUUUUAGGAAUCAAAUAUAUUGUUUCUAAAUAUGGAGAACGAAAUAAAAACAGUGCUCCAUAUUAAAUUUUACACGUAUUCAAUUGACCCUAUUA